AUGUUUCUAGUAGAGAGUGCAACAUCCGGAAGACAUCUUUUCAGGCUUCUUUCCCGGCCCGACGUGGUUGUCAGUUCUGUAACUGCUGACGAUGUGUUUGAUUGUUAUUUGCGAGAAAUGGCAAACGAUACAUACAUCAAAAUAUACGAUUCUAUAAGGAAGGAUGUUACGGAUAUUCUGGAGUCUGGCUCCAUUAAUGAGAGUGCAAAAUGUUUUUUGAGAAAAAUUAGUGAUAAUUGGAAAACAUAUGGGGACUGCUUGUUACCCAUAUGUUCCAGAUUGGUGGCAGCUUGGGGACUGCUUGUUACUCAAGUUCGGAAGUCUGGGGGCUUGUUACCUGGACCUAAACCACUCCAAUUGUAUUUUAAAAAUUACUUCAUAGCUGAACAGAAAAAUAAGUAUGAAAUCUUGUUUCAAAAGAGUGCCACAAAAUACCAAAAGGGAGUAGCAACAAUCAUUGAAACUGAGGUUGAGGGUCGGAUCAAAAAAGUGACAAAGGAUGAUAGUGUUCCAACUCCAAAGCAAGUCUUCAAAUAUUUGGAAAGCAAGAAUGAGGCUGAAAACAUUGAAUAUACCGAUUUGAACAGCAAGGACAGCAAUGAUGAACACAUUGUUCAGAAGCAAAGAACUGAGGCUGUAACAGCCCAAAUGACUCCAGCUCAUGCAUCUGAUAAGAUGCCACUGAUUAGAAUCGAAAAUUCAAGAGUAAAGAUAUCGGCUAUUUACAGCAGGGAUGCACAGUGA